GAACGAAAGGAAAAGAGUAAGAGUGUGAUCUUUGGCUGGGUUCCACUUCUAGCCUUUAAAAAUGCGAUUUUGAUAGUAAUUCAUGGAAGAUUCAAGCGAUAAUCAAAAGUUGCAAAAGUUGCAUCGUGAGAUGGAAAGAAGAGAUCCCAACCACAUUGGUGUUGAUUGAUGUGAAAAUAAUUGGAAACUUUCUUCAAAGUAAUUGGUGGAUUGACUUGCAAGGGAGAGGGAAGAGAAAAAAAUCCUUUUCUAGAGCUGAUCUGUGCUCUUCCAAUGGGUGUACCAAUCCACGGGAGAUCUAGCAGUGCUGGGCAGUGAAUUUCGAGAGAAUGGAGAGUAAGAGCGCAGAUUUCAAGGACAAGGAGAACACGAAUCGCGGCGCCAAUGCCAGGAUCACCAGCGGCAGGAGGAGCAAUCCACCGGAAUUGCCGCGGAUCGUGCCUGGCAGCCCCAACAAGCCGCCGCGCGGGAGCAAGGAGACGAUCCGGAGGAGCUCCAACCCCAAGGGCCAAUCCCCCGCGCGAUCCUUCGCCCCAAUUUCCGCGGCGGCGCUCAAGAGCCUCUCCAAAUCCAUCAGCGGCGCCACCGCUCCGCAGAGGGCGCUGGACUACGCGCUCCAGGCGGUGAAAUUCUUCGAGGAGGACGAGCAAUCGGGCGGCAAUUCGAUCGAGCUGGCCAUGAGCCUCCACGCGCUGGCCGCUGUCCACUGCCGGCUCCGCCAAUUCGGCGACGCCAUCGCCGCGCUGGAGCGCUCGAUUAGGGCUCCUGACGCUGGCCGGGGCACCGAGCACGCGCUCGCGAUCUUCAGCGGCUACAUGCACCUGGGCGACACCUAUGGAUUGAUGGGCCGGCACCCCGAAUCACUCCAGGCGUAUCACACCGCACUGGAUCUCCAGAAGAAGGCCGUGGGCGAUCGAGAUCCCGGCGUCGCGCAGACUUGCCGCUAUCUCGCCGAGGCCCACUUGCAAAACUUGGAAUUCGACGAGGCCGAGGCAAUGUGCCUGGAGCUGCUCCAGAUCCACGCCCACAUCGGACGGCCGGGAUCGGUCGAGGAGGCCGCGGAUCGACGGCUCAUGGCGCUCAUCUGUGGCGGGAAGGGCCAGCAUGACGUGGCGCUCGAGUACCUCGUCCUUGCCAGCAUGUCACUCAUCCAAUCCAACGGCCACGAUCUCGAGGUGGCGGCCGUGGAGGCGAGCAUUGGCGACACCUACGUUGCCCUAGGGCGCUUCGACGAUGCGGUGUUUGCCUACCAGAAGGCGCUCACGGUCUUCAAAUCCGCGAGAGGGGAAGAUCACGCGUCGGUGGCGUCAAUCUAUGUGAGUCUCGCCGAUCUCUACCUCAGAACAGGCAAGAAUCGCGAAUGCCGCACGUAUUGCGACACGGCGCUCAAGCUCUUCACCAAGAACGAGGGUUUGAUCCAGGGGAGUAGAAUCCCGCGGCAGCAGCAGGCGCUGGACGAGAUUAUCAGCGGAUUGACAGAGAUCGCGGCGCUGUAUGGCGCGCUGGACGAGCCGGAGCGCGCGAUCCAGCUGCUGGGCAGCGUGCUCGACGCGAUCGAGCCGGCGGCGCAGUAUAAUCUCGGGCAGCAGAGCGCCGUGGCCGCGAUCGAGGCGCAGAUGGGGAUUCUCUACUACGUUCUUGGAAAAUUCGGCGAGGCGCUUGUGACUUUCAAGAGCGCGGUGAUGAAGAUCAAGGCGGCGUCGCCGGAUCAGGCUUGUUUGCCCGAGAAGAAGAUGGUGUUCUUGGGAUUGCUGCUCAAUCAAAUGGGGCUGGCGUGCGUGGAGCUGUACGAGAUUGUGGAUGCCGGGGAGUGCUUCCAGGAGGCGAGGAGCUUGCUGGAGCAGGCGUGUGGGAUCGAUCACCCGGACACCAUCGAUGUGAGCAUGAACUUGGCGGCCACCUACGAUGCUCUUGGGAGAUUGGAUGAAGCAAUCAUCUUGCUACAGAGUAUCAUCAAGAUCAAAGAGGAGAAGCUUGGAGUUGGGUGUGAAGAGAUUGAAAGUGAGAGGAAGAGGUUGAAUGAAUUGACCAAGGAGAGAAGUAGACAAGUAAACCCUAAACCUUAGAGUUAUAAUAUACUUUUUCUGUUUUAAAUAUGUUUUACUACUAAAGUGUA